AAAAUAUUAUGUAGUGAAGUAUAUAGUCGAUUAAUCUGAUAAUCGGUCGCCAUUUUAAGCCGCGCCCCGGUCUCGUUAUUGUUUAUAAACUUUGUUUAAAGUUUUAACUUUCAAGUUUGAACGUUUCUUGAUGCAAACUUGUCGGGUGUGGCAAACAUCUCAGUUUUGAAUUAAAACAUGUAUAAACUUUUUAUUUUUGUAGCUGUUCUUGAUUUAUUAACACCAGCAUUUAGUCUCGAAUGUUAUGUUUGUGAUAAUCAAGAAGAUAACAAUGGCAAAUGUGUUAAUACUAUAAACACUUGUGAAUCCAAUCAAGACGUCUGUUUGACCGAAAUUCGUUGGGGAAGCACUCCAUACUGGUCACAAGGAGCAAAAAAGCAAUAUUACAUAUCUAAAAGAUGUUCAAACAAAACGGAAUGUGCCAUGACCAGACAGCAUCACAUGUCCCUGUGUACACAUAUAUGGUAUCAAGACUGGGCAUGUUCAGACUGCUGCCUGGGAAAUCGCUGUAAUUAUUACAUCAUUAGUGAGAGUACUGUAACCACACCAGGCACGUUUUCCUUAUUCGUAGUUGUAAUACAAGUAAUAAUGAAGACAUUUAUUAUGUAAACUAUAUAUUAGGACAAUUCAUUGUAUUACAAAUACCUUAUUUUACCUGCUAAAAUUCCGUCCAUAGUGGCAUCAAAAUGACACUAUAAAUAAUAUUAGUGCCUUAGGUAAAUAUAUUGUAUUACAUUUAUUAUGUUAUUGGAUGUAUGUAUUUGAAUGAUUUAAAUUUACAAUAACUAUGUGUAAUAAUCUAGUACUUGCAUAUAAUAUUAAGUUAGAGCAGCUGGAUACCAAUUUUUAAAGAUAAUUGGAAUAUUUCUAGACAAAAAAAUGCACAAGUAACAUGUGUAAAUGUAAAACGUCAAUAUAGUCCUUAAAAAUAGAAAACUCGCUAUUUGUAAGUACUUACUUAAUAAUUUUUGAAUUUGUGUUUAAAUGCAUAUACUGAAGAACAUAUUAACUGAUAAGCUAAUUUAAGAGUAUCAACUUUGAUUACUACAUAAUAUGGGUAAUAUUUUGAACAAAAGAAUUCACCUUUUUUGAUAAGUCUAAAUAAUUGAAAUUAGACCAGGCAUUAAGAUGAGAAAAAUAAGUUUUUACAUUGACAAAAAGAAGUUUAUACAUUGACAAAACAAAUUUUAAAGUCUAUGGAUUCUAGACCCCUAAUGGAUGACACAGUGCACACGCAUAUGUACAUGUACAGUGCAUACGCCUCAGCACAGAUACUCAGCAACGGAGGCUGACAUGCCUGUCUCCCUUAUCGAAUGUGAGACAACCAACAUGUCAUUAAACUAACACGGACCAUCUCUGCAUAGCAAUACAGUUUAAAAUUGUAUACUAGAUGUUAUUUCACGGCCAACGCGGAAGUUUAUACAUACAAUUAUUUAAAUUUUAACAACUGAUAUUAUUAUUUAUUAUUAUUGUUUGUUAUCAGGCAGGCAGUAUAUUUAACUGAUAUGCCUGUAUCCUGUAAUUCUCAAUUCCAGUUUCACUUCCCAGCAAAAUAUUUGUCAAGUUUAUUCUUAAACAUGUUCACAUUUUCUGCUGCAACCACAUCCUGUGGGACGUUCUUCCAUGCUCUUACUACUCUGUUCGUCAAGAAAUGCAUAUGUGGUUUGUCAUUGGACAAGGUGGAGAUUAGUUUUUUGUUAUGGCCCCUGAGAUGAACAUUGGUGUCUUGGUUAAAUAGGUUGUGAAAUCCCUGAAUGUCAUAGUGCCCAUUGCACCACGGUGCCUGCGAUCCUUUAGGGUGGUUAGUUUCAAUACCUCAAGGCCUUCCUCAUAUGGACGGUGUUUCAGAAGCCUUGGCGUCUUUGUGAAACUACGUUGCACUUUUUCCAAUAGCUCAAUAUCCCUAAAAAAGUAUGGGUUCCACACUUGAAAAGCAUACUCCAGAAUUGAUCGAAUAAAUGUUUUAUAGAUUUUCAGCAUCAUUUCCGGGGUCAAAUGCCUAAAAGCUUUCCUAACCAGAUAAAUAAGACUAUUCGCCUUUUUGGUCACUGACAUUAUAUGUUCUCGCCACUUUAAAUUUUUCGUAAUUUUUACGCCGAGAUCGGUUUGCAUCUUGACUGCCAAUAACUGCUCAUUGUUCAAUCUAUAUGGAAGGCGAGGGUUACGAUUACCUAUAUGUAGUACGGUGCAUUUGGAAACAUUCAAAUUGAUAAGCCAUUCGUUUGACCAGUUUGCAAUUUUGCUUAAAUCAUUUUGCAGUUGUUCAUAAUCCAAUAAUGGGUUCGCAAAUAUCUUAAUAUCAUCUGCAAAUAUGCUAACUUGAUAUUUUGUAAAAAUCUGUUAAUGUAGGUAAGUACUUCGUCAAAUAAUCACUACUAAAUUAUUUUAAAUAGACUUAGGUAUUGUAUGCAAUCGUUGCUCCGUUCGCGUGAGUAGGUGUAUACUGUACGUAUAAAAAUUUGAAUUUCAACAGUUUUAAUAAUUUAUAGUAUAUACUUAUGUAGUGUAAAAUUGGUUUCGUUAAAUUUAUUGUCCAUUUUAUGUUGUAUUAAUUAUAAUUAAUCAAUAAUUAUUGAAUACCAUGAUGUUUUUUUUUAUGUAAGCCUAAGAGUUGCGUUUCUUUAUUACUUCAGUUUUGUUGAAUCCUGGUACUGUAAUAAGUAAAUAAAAAAGAAAUAAAUACAUUAUAUUGGGCAGGAUGACAUCAUAGAUGUUUCCAUUUUAAGAUUUGUUAAAGAAUUCUUUUACUGCUUACUGAUUUAUAAAAAACGUUUAUGAUACAAUAGAAGUAUAUAAGUACAUAUUUUUAGCAAUAUUAUGAGUAGUUGUUACAUAGAUAUUAAAUAUCUGUUAAGCCAAACAUAUUUUGUUGCCUUCCAAGAACAUAAGUACCUACAUACAUUUACCAGGCAUUACGUAUAGAUUUCUUUUGAAUUAAAAAUACAUUUUGUUUAUAAUUUAAUUCAAAGAGAGAAAUUACGCAUUAAGCAAUUAGUUGAAUGUUAAUUUACUGUGUAUGUAAGUAAUGUACCUAUUGAGGAAUGGAUAAUAUGUUACAUCAUUUUGUGUUUAUUUUGUAAGUCCAUAAUUAAAUAGGAUAAAUUGAUAUAUUCAUUCUUAUUGAAAUCACAAAAAAUCAUGAGUAUGACUGUAUUAAAUGAGCAAAUAUAAAUAAUAUAUAUUAUGAACAAACCAAUGCAUCCUAAAACAUACCAAUAAUGUUUUUUUAUUGCAGGAAAGUAAUAAAAUAAAAAAAUAAAUGUCAUGUCAUGUUGA